GACUCCAGUAAAACCUGCCUGCUGUCUGCUCUACUAAGCAGCUAAAAUGUAUCGUGACAAACAUCCACCACCAUAUCCUGGACAGUUAAUCGUCGCUCUGUUUGGAAAGAGCGUUCAGUUAAAGAACGAGAUUGGAAAGACGAUUCUCAAUAACGAUAACGUUGUCUCAACGUCAAACAACUUUUUCGUGGAAAAGAACAACGACUUCAAAAUCAUCAAUACCCCUGAUUUCUUUGAUGAAGAAUGCCCGCACCCAGACCAGCUGAUUAUUGACUUCAUGGCACAUUCUCAUCCUGGCCCUGAUCUGUUCAUAUUGGCCAUAGAUUCAGAAAACACCCAAGAGAAACAAGUCGAGGCUCAAAUCCAUAAACUUAAAGAUAUCUUUGGAGAAGAAAUCACAGCACACAUGGUUGUCACGUUACCGAACCUUGAUAGCUUCCAUCUUCUCCAUCAUCUGAUGCAAAGGUUCAACAUCAAGUUGACAGUCCCCAAUGAAAAUCUGGCCAGUGAAUGUAGGAAGUGGUGCUCGCCUCUUAAGGUAUUUAAGUAUGACUACAAAGACUACAGUGAAGAUGUUGUGAGGAGAAGAAUGACAGCCUUAGACAACAGAAGACAUGAUGGCCACCCUCUGUAUCACCAUGGGAGAGAAGGUACCAACCCAAUGACUCUGUUCACCUCACAACAUGCCUUUGCUGAACCUGAUAGAGCAGCAUCACUUGAUAGAGCAGCAUCACCUGAUAGAGCAGCAUCACCUGAACAUCACAAUGGUUACAGUGCCUCUGAAGUGUCGGACGACAUAUUCAACAUUGUUCUGCUGGGACUAACUGGGACUGGGAAAAGUGCAUCAGCAAACACCAUCCUGGCUGCUGGGAACUCCCAGCUAGAGCCAAAGCAACGAUUUAAAUCUGAGUCAAGCUCCAUGCCAGUCACGAAACAGUGUGAGGUCAAAAUAAUGGAGAAGCCAUUUGGGAGGACGGUGAGAGUGGUCGACACUCCAGACUUCCUUCACGACGAACUCAGAAACUCCCAGACAGAGAUAGAGAAGUGUAAGAAGUACUGUCAGCCAGGGCGAUGUGUGGUGUUACUCGUGUUACAGCUGGGCCGGUUCACGGACCGUGAGAAAGGAAUAUUAAAAAAAAUGGAGGACAAGCUCGGCUUGGAGAUCAGGGAGAGCACAUUCGUGCUGCUGACCCACGGAGAUGACCAAAAAGUAAAUCUGCUGGCGUAUAUUGACACACAAAAUGACCUCAAGAGCAUCGUUGCACAGUGCGGUGGUCGUUAUCAUCUAUUUAACAACUCCUCCACGAAAUCUAAGCAAGUCACUGAGCUUAUCAAGAAAAUUCUGAAUUGGCAUAACGUUUUCCCAAAUUUUGGCAAAAAAAACACUCCUGAGUGCUGUGUAUCAUAGCUUGGCUAUAUGUGCUAAUCAGUGCACAUGUGCAAAUGACAAUGAUGACAGACACAUGACAAUUACCGUAGCAUUGUCUGUCUCACUAUGGACAAUUUAAAAAAAGGACUCAAAUCAAUGCAGAAUCAGAGGUAUUGGAUUUUUUAUUCCGCACAUUCUUCUUCCUUGUCAAAACCUGGCGCCCACAUAACCCACAAUGCAACUCGGCCACCGACAGUUGAAUUGGAGAUUCAGCCAAGCAGCUUAUAUUGAUAAGAAGUGAAAGCUAAUUGAUUCAUUCCAUUGCAACAUCAGCAGUAGUAGUAGUAGCGCAGCACUAGAGCUACACCUCCGCCAUUUUGGACUGAAGGCGACUGCUGUAUUAUCAAAGGACGCCAGUAAAACGUCAAAACAAAGUGCCAUACAAAGGUAAAUCAAAAUGAUUUAUAUUCUAUUGUCAUAUUUGAUGCACAGACU